AUGAUUGGUGUGGAAUGGAUUCGUAUAGAAAUGGUAGAUUUGGUAUUUUAUGGGUCCGAAAAGCUAGAAUACCAAACUAAUAUCGAUAGCUUGCUAGUUUUAUCACGUGAAUACGGAAUAAGUAAAAUCAACAAUUUAUGCGAAGAAUAUCUUUUACAAAAAAUACCAACUGUUGACUUGUUAAUAACUGCACAAGAGUUUGAGUUAGAAAGACUCAGAGAAAAAUGCAUUCAGUACUUUUCAGAAAAAGCUUUAGAACCAUUGCAAAAUUAUCCAAAGUAUAACGAGCUGAGUAAAGAAAACAAACUGAAACUAGCUAAGGGACAGAUUAUGGUUUUGCGAAAGUUCUGUGAAAAUGCUAAAACUAAAUUUCCUAAUAAGACGAUUUCCUAUUACGAUUACAGUAAUGUAGCCUUUAUGGAAAAUGAAUCAAAGAAAAUGAGAAUAAACAAUGAAGAUGAAGAUUAAAUAGAAACUACUGAUAAAAGAACCUCAAAAUGUUUGCACACUCAUUUUAGUUAAAAAGUUGUUAAUAGAUUAAGAGACUAACUCACUAAUAAAAUUUUAUUAUGAUUGUUGAAACAGUUUUUAUUAUAAUUGUUGUUGUUAUCAUUGCUAUC